AUGCAGCGAGCCUCCUCGCCCGAACAGGUCCCCGCCAAGAAGGUGACCGGCAGGGCCGCACAGUGGCAAGGGGCCCAGGCACAGCCCUUGCUUCAUACGAGGCGCACGGCCGCGGCGGCAGGGGAGCAGCGGCCGCUGCUUCCGCUGUGGCCAAGAUACGAAGACACUGGCACAGAGGAUGGCGAAGAGGGCCAAGACCUCGACGGGCGACGAGCCCCCGGCAAGCACCGCGAGCGCGCCGGAGGUGAUCACAAUCAGCCCGGGCCCAAGCCCACGACGCAGCCCCCGACUCAGCCCCCAGCGGGAAGAGCGGCAACAGGAGGGGCCGUCAAGGGCCGCCCCAACAUGCCUCCUCCAUCAACCACCACACCACCCAAGGACAUGUCCCCGGCAAGGGCUUCUACUGGAGAGCCCUUGCCGCCAAGGGAGAAAUCUCCGGCAAGGCCCUCCCACGACGAGCCCACGCGUGCUGAGGAGGAGCCGACAAGCACAGGUGCUGACGGCCCCAUCCCGACAACGAGCGUUGGUGGGGAGGGAACCACUCAUCCCCAACUUGUCGUAGACCUCUCCUUGGCGGGUCAGAUGGAUGUCGAUGGCACCUUCAAGGAGAUCGCCAAGGAUGCCGCCGCUCAGGCCGACGAGGCCGCCAAGAGGACGCAUGAAGAGGCCGCCACGGGAUCUGCCGGGGAGGCUAGCGAGGGGACCGGGGACUGUACUGAUGAAUACAAAGUGAAAGUUCGGGAAAGUCCUUUUAUUCCAACCGUCCACCUCCGAAGCCCCCAACUUGAGGAAAUACCUGAAGAUUGGCGAGAAUCUGUUUGUUACUAUCCCGGGCCGGAAAGCAACGGGGCGCCUGCCGAGGGGGAGGUUUUUGACGAAGACGUCAUCGUCACCGCCGGGCUCCAAGUUGUCAACGAGCCAAGCGGCAGCAGCAGCAGCUCCAAAGAGGACCAGCUCCUCCAAGCUAUGAGAAGCAGCUUCCAGAAGCUUCAGGCGCUUCACCGCGCCCGCAAGGAGAAACUGGACACCAAGAUGGCGAUCGUCGACACAGCGAAGGCAGGCCUCCAGGAGCGCGUCGAGCAGACACAGGUCUGGUUUAUGGAGGCCCGGCAGGAUUUGAAGGCCAGCCAGGAGCAGCUGGGUCAGCAGUGGAACGAGCUUCUUCUGAAGCAAUCAGAUAUCGAGAAGGCCCAGGAGGAGGUCGCUGCACGGAUCGCCAAGGAGGAUGGUGAGCUAAGGGAGCACCGCAUCUCGCUCGACACCCAAGAAGAAGACCUUGCCACUUGUGAGGAGGCGCUUGCCGCCAAGCUCCGCGGCAAGGAUGAAGAAAUUGAGAAGCUCGUUGCGCAGCAGACCCAGGAACUGGAGCCGAAACACAAAGAUGCACUUGCCGCUCUGGUCCUGGAUCACGCCAGCAAGCUGAAGGAGGCCGUCGAUGCUGCUGAAGCGGCAGAGGCCGCCAAGAGCGAGUUGGCCGGCAAGGUGGAGGAGCUGGGGGCGGAGCUGGAGAAGCAUAGCAAGGAGGUCACCAUAUCCGAUAGGAACAAGCUGCUCUCCGAGGACAACGACUCCAUUGCCGAUUUGAAGCUGAAGCUGACCACCCUGGAGGAGACCCUCGCGAGCAGCAGAGCCCGCGAGAAGACCCUGACCAAGAAACUCGAGGAUGAGGAGCGACUGCUUGCGAGCACUGCUACCGAGCACAACAACUAUGUGAGCGGCGUGAAGAUCUGGACCGCACGCCUUGUCGACGUCUCGGAGAAGCUCACCACGCAGCUCCACCAUAGGCCUGCCGAGCAUCAGGUUCUCCCACGACGAUAG